AGUUUCUAGCCGGCCAGUUGCUGCCUCCCUCUCUCUCCUCCUUCCCCUUUGGCAGCGAGGAGGCUAUUUCCAGACACUUCCAGCCCUCUCCGGCCACGUCACCCUCGCCUUUAAUUCAUAAAGGUCCCCGGCGCCGGCUUCCAGGACACGUCGGCGGCGCGCAGGGCUCUCCUCCGGCCGCGGCCCACACAGCGACGGUGCGCCCCGAGGCCCGAGACCCCGCGCCCGGCAUGAGCGCCGCCACCCACUCGCCCGUGGUGCAGAUGGCGUCCGGCAACGGCGCCGCCGACCGCGACCCGCUGCCCCCCGGCUGGGAGAUCAAGGUCGACCCGCAGACGGGCUGGCCCUUCUUCGUGGACCACAACAACCGCACCACGACGUGGAACGACCCGCGCGUGUCCCCCGAGGGCCCCAAGGAGACUCCAUCCUCAGCCAAUGGGCCCUCGCGGGAGGGUGCCAGGCUGCUGCCCGCUAGGGAGGGCCACCCUGUGUACCCCCAGCUCCGACCAGGCUACAUUCCCAUCCCCGUCCUCCACGAAGGCGCUGAGAACCGGCAGCCGCACACUUUCCACGUCUAUUCCCAGCCUGGGGCACAGCGAUUCCGAACCGAGGCAGCCGCCGCUGCGCCGCAGAGGUCCCAGUCACCUCUGCGGGCUGUGCCGGAUGCCACGCAGCCAGAGAAACAACAGUGUGCACAGGCGGUGGCAGCUGCGGCAGCCCAGCCCCCAGUCUCCCAUGGACCUGAGCGGUCCCAGUCUCCUGCUGCCUCCGACUGCUCAUCCUCGUCGUCCUCCGCCAGCCUGCCCUCCUCUGGCAGGAGCAGCCUGGGCAGUCACCAGCUGCCCCGGGGCUACAUCCCCAUCCCGGUGAUACACGAGCAGAACAUCACCCGGCCAGUGGCCCAGCCCUCCUUCCACCAAGCCCAGAAGACCCACUACCCUGCUCAGCAGGGUGAAUACCAGACCCACCAGCCAGUGUACCACAAGAUCCAGGGGGAUGACUGGGAGCACCGACCCCUGCGGGCCCCGUCCCCAUUCAGAUCGCCUGCACGGGGUGCGUCCAGCCGGGAGGGCUCGCCAGCCAGAAGCAGCACACCAGUGCUCUCGCAGUCGCCCAUCCGUGUGCACACUGUGGUGGACAGGCCUCAGCAGCCCAUGGCCCAGCGAGAAUCUCCACCUGCUCCCCAACCUGACAGCAAGCCAGAAAGUAAGGCAGGCCCGGCAGGACCAGAUCUCCUUCCCGGACACAUCCCAAUCCAAGUGAUCCGCAAGGAGGCAGAUUCCAAACCUGCUUCCCCAAAGCCGCCCCCUCCCUCUGAGAAAGUGGAGGCAAAGGUGCCCUCUGCUCCAGUCUCCUGUCCUCCUCCCACUCCCGCCCCCGCUGCUGUCCCCUCUCCCCCCAAGAAUGUGGCUGUGGAAGAGAAGGCAGCACCCAGCCCCACCCCUGCCGACGCACCAGCCCCCAAGCCGGGAGAAGCUGAGGCCCCCCCGAAACACCCAGGUGUGCUGAAGGUGGAAGCCAUCCUGGAGAAGGUGCAAGGGCUGGAGCAGGCUGUGGACAACUUCGAAGGCAAGAAGACCGACAAGAAGUACCUGAUGAUUGAAGAGUAUCUGACCAAAGAGCUGCUGGCCCUGGAUUCCGUGGACCCGGAGGGACGAGCUGAUGUGCGCCAGGCCAGGAGAGACGGUGUCAGGAAGGUCCAGACCAUCUUGGAAAAACUCGAACAGAAAGCAAUCGAUGUCCCAGGUCAAGUCCAGGUUUAUGAACUCCAGCCCAGCAACCUUGAGCCUGAUCGGCCACUGCAGGAAAUCAUGGAGAUGGCCGCAGACAAGGGGAAGAAAAGUGCCGGAAAUGAAGACCCCCAGACUGAAACCCAGCAGGCAGAAGCCAAAGAAGGAACCACUGCAGACCCCAGUGGCACGACGGACCCAGCUGGGAGCCAGGGGAGCCCAGCGACAGCGUAGUCUCCUCUGAGUGGGGUCAGGCUGGAGACGUGGACUGGGUUGUGUGCUCUGGGGAUUUUAAGUUGCAUGCAUUUCAGGGACUUUCAGUCAGUUUGUUUUUGUUAUUUGUAGCCGCUUGGUACGCAGUAACUUGGGUGGAGGCACAACACACUAAUAGAAGGGCUACAGGGAAGACGAUGCUUCUCUUCCGUAGCCUUGUUCUACACGAAGAAAGAAGCUGCUUGUUUAACCCCAUUGCUUGUUUUGGGGCCCUCUGCAUGGGCACCACGCCAGCUGUGGUCACUGUCUUCCUUUAGCUCUGGACUGAAGGCGUUGUUGGGGGUAGAUGGGGAGCUGAUUUCCCAUCAUGUAAGCAUAACUCACUUCUCAGAAAUGUUGCCAUUUUUGUUUUAAUGGGAUGAUUUUCUUCAUCUCAGUAGUUCAAGUAUCUAACUUUAGAUAGAGUAAAUGUGUAAGGAGCCAUAUCUGUAUGUUGAAUGACUUUAUGCUACAUUAAAAAAAGGAAAAUAAAGUAGUAACACAACUCA